AUGCAACAACGAUACGAGGCAAGAAGCCUACUUAUCGAAGAAAAAAUAAAACGCCUCAAACUCUUCUCAAUAAAGAAAAGAAGAAGUAAAAUACGAGGAAAUAGCCGCUGGGGAUACAAAUAUUCAAAAACUGAAUUAUCUCAUCUCGCACCUCAAGGGAAACGGAUUGCAAGUGAUGAAAGGCCAUGA